AUGUCUGCCUUGCCUCCUCGCGGUCGUUCUGCCAGCGGGAGCGGAAGCAGCCGCAGCAGAAGUAGCAGUUCAUCCCGAGCGUCGGGAUUUGAGAUUGUCGGUGUGGAAGUGGAUGUUCCCAAGGCCAGGAACAAGACUACGCCUCAAGCUGCUAUUGAUCAGUUUUGGGCAAAGUUUACGAGCAAGAAGCCUGGGAAAGCCACCACGGUUAUUCCCAGCGACCAAUUCGUCAAGAACGAACUCAACCAAUCCAUCACCAUAACCUCUCCCGGUAUCACUACUAAAGACGUAGCCACCGAAAAACAACCACCAGCCGCAGCCGACCUCAUUGCUUACGCUGAACCCGUCAACUCGUCUUACGAGGCCGCAGCAACACUGUGCCGCGCAAAGGUAGACAAGAUAGUCAAAGAGUGCCGACGUGUCAAUAAAAAGUAUCGAGAUGCCCAUUUUGACAUCGAGACGGACCUUAAGUUGGGCGUAGGCGGCUGCCUCAAGUCCCUAUGCAAUGAGAAGGAUGCGAAAGCUCCGCCCGGUAGCGCGUUUGAACCCCGGGGUGUCAAGAGGGUGACUGACAUUUUUGAUGAUCCGAAAUUCUACAUCGAUGGGCCGACGGCGAAUGAUGUGCGGCAGGGCAGGGAUGGUGAUUGCUGGCUGUUGUCUGCGCUGUGUACCUUGAGUAAUAAGAAGGGCAUGAUUGAGAGGGUGUGCGUGGCGCAUGAUCAGGAUGUGGGAGUGUAUGGAUUUGUCUUUCACCGCGAUGGAGAGUGGAUUUCAGAGAUUGUCGAUGAUUUCUUGUAUCUCACGAAGUCCGACUACGACGAAGCGGAAUACGACCGCGUUCUCUUCGACGAGCUGGAGCGCGUUAAUGCAGAAGAACUCUACCGUAAAGUCUACCAAUCCAACAGCGGCGCCUUGUACUUUGCCCAAUGCUCUCACCAACAAGAAACUUGGCUACCACUCCUAGAAAAGUGCUACGCCAAAGCCCAUGGAGACUUUGCCGCCAUUGAGGGUGGUUUUGGCGGCGAGGGCAUCGAAGACAUGACGGGCGGAGUGACAUCUGAGAUUUUCACUACGGAUAUCCUCGACAAGGAGAUCUUCUGGCAGGAACUUUUGAGCGCAAAUAAGGAGUUCCUGUUUAGUUGUGGCACUGGGCUUUGGGGAGAGAAAUGGGGUGACAGAGGCGGCAUCAUCGAGUUGCAUUCGUAUUCGGUACAGAAGGCGGUGGAAAUGGAUGGCAAGAGACUGGUUCGACUUAAGAAUCCUUGGGGUAAGGGGGAGUGGAAAGGCGCAUGGAGUGAUGGUUCCAAAGAAUGGACUCCGGAAUGGCUGCAGAAGCUCGGACAUCGGUUUGGCGACGAUGGAGACUUUUGGAUAGAAUACAAGGAUCUCCUCCGCAAAUACCAGUCCUUUGAGCGUACGCGUCUAUUCGAAGGCGACUGGAAGAUGGCACAGCUGUGGACGACUUUCAAUGUCCCUUGGAUGGUGGCAUACCACGAUACAUAUUUUACCUUCAAGGUUGGCAAACCGGGCCGGGUGGUCAUUGUCCUGGCUCAGUUGGACGAGAGGUAUUUCCGCGGUCUGGAAGGUCAAUACGCAUUCCAACUGAGCUUCCGUGUUCACAAAGCCGGUCACGAAGGGUACCUUGUCCGCAGCCAGCUUCACCAACGUCUCCGCCGCUCCAUCAGCGUGGAACUCGAGCUCGAAGUCGGCGAGUACGAUGUGCGUGUUAAGCUAGAUUCCUACCGCGAUCACUCACGCCUCCCUAUCGAGGAUGUCAUUCGCAAGAACGCAAAGGACAAUCGGGACAAGUUGACGUGCAUUGGGCUUGCGUACGACUUGGCCCAUAGUAAAGGAAGGGUGGUGCAGACUGCAGAAGAGAAGGCUACCAAGGAGGAGCAUGAGAAGACGGCGGAGGGUAAGAAGAAGGAUGACAUUAAGAAGCAGAUGCGGGAGAAGAAGGAAGAGGAGUAUUAUAUGAAGUCAAAGGAGUUUGGGAGGGAACGAGCACGAGAGCUGAAGAGGAGACAGAAGCGGAGGGAUAAAAUGGCUGAGAAGAAGGCUGCUGCAAAGGCUGCUCGUGAGAAGAGAGAAGCCGAGGAGAAGGUGGCUCAGGAACAGACAUCCGAUGAGAAGGCUAAGGAGGCUGAGACCGCGGACCCAGUUGCUGAGAUUGAGGCAAAGGUCCCUGAAGUGAAGAUACACGAGGCAGAAGAAGCUGAAAACAAGGGUGAAAGCCUCAAUACCAACGAGGCAAAGAAAGAGGAUGUUCCCGCGGCUGAGAAGCAAGGCGAUGAAAAGACUGAGGAAGACACGGCGCCGAAACCCGAGACCCAGCAGAAUCAACAAGACCAAGAUACUCCCGAGGAAACACAAGGCGAGCAAGACACUCCAUGCGAAUCCGACGACGACAAUGACGACGACCUUGAAAGCCUCGACAGCAUGUCCGUCUACUCAGACCGCGAGAUGGACAUCCGCGCCACAGCCAUCCUCUCCCACCUCGAAGACCAAAACUCCGAAGCAGACAGCGACGCAGACGGAGAACCAGACGAGUUUGAGAGCGAUCCCUGGAACGCAGUCGCCGUGAUUGGCAUCCGCGUGUACCACCAGGCGCUGGAUGGGCAGGAGACAGACAGGAACGUUAUCGCGCUGCAGGUCGUUCGCCCGGAUCCAUAUGCGCGGGGCGAGGAGGCAGAGGGCACGAAGACGCAGGGAUUGGAUGUGGAUGAUAGUUCCAAGGAUGCGACGCUGACGGGGGAGGUGGGCGAUCGGAAGAAGAGCAUCAUGGGUGAUAGGCGGAAGCCGAGGUGA